AACACACUAGACCUCAAGGCUCAAUUCUCAAACCCAAUGCCCAACUCAUCACGAGCUAUCCCUGAAAAUGACAGAAAUGCCCUCGUACGCUGUUGGAAACCCUAUUUUCGAGCCUUACAAGCCCAAGAAACAACAAUACAAAUUGUACUCUUCGUUGCUCCCGAUCAUCUUAUCUAUCUUCACCUACAUUUUGAUCUUCCACGUUCUCGACGUCUCUCCUUUGUCGAUCUUCAACGACACGAAGAUCUUGUUUGUCAUCUCCAACGCACUUAUCAUCAUCAUCGCUGCCGAUUACGGUGCAUUCACUGAUAAAGAGAACCACGAUUUUUACGGAGAAUACACAGCCUCGAUGACAAGAGGUGCACGAGAAAACCCUAGACCGGAAAACUUGGGAUAUCGGGUGGAUAUGGCGGAAGAAAUCAAGAACCGUGAGAAACAAGAAGAACUAAAGGGAGCAAGAGACUUACAACAUCAGUAUUUGCCUAACAAGAAAGUGAAAGUUCCUGAGAGAAUCAUUCAAGCCGUGAGCAAGAACCAACCGAGAAACAUAACUAUCCAAAAGUUCGAGCCAAUGACUGAGAAAAACAAUCAUAUAACAGCUGCUAAAGAAGAAACUUGCAAAGAAAGAAAGGUGAACUCUAAACCGUACGAGAGAAGCAAAUCGGAUAAGGCUCGAGGGUCAAUGAUAACCAAGGAAAGCCGUCGUCAAGACAUCAAACAUAGACCUAAAAGUUACGAUCGAAGCCAGUCGGAUAGCUCGAAAUGGAUGGUUGUUCACAAGGUGAAGAAGGCUGAGGAGAUGGAGGAGGCGACGAAGAAGUGGGAGAAUGUAAGAGAAGAGUCGGAGGAGUUCUCGAAGAUGUCAAACGAGGAGUUGAACAGACGAGUCGAAGAUUUCAUCCAACGGAUCUACUUGGAGAAGAAACUCCGGUUAUUCUUACACAGUUCAAUCUCUCCAAAGCCAUUAGAGAGACAGUAUUCUUACACAGUCUCAGCUCUUCUCUCGGAUCCUUCCAUGACGGCAGACCAUCCAAAGGCCACAUCAUCUCUUUCCACCAUGUCUGCAGCACUGAGCUCGUCUCUCUACAUUUCCCCAAAGAAACCUUCAUGUCCACAACAAUCUCAACCCACAAUCUUAUCUACGAAACCCACGUCCAUCAAAACCACUCUCCAUAGCCACCCGCUCUUCUCUGUAGCCGAUCAGGCAGUAACCCUCCAGAUGAAAGAGAAGAUCCUCUGCCUCGAGCUCAUGGGGAUUGACUCAGGAAAAGCCCUCUCUCUCAACCCAUGUCUCUGCUCAGCUUCCCUUGAAUCCAUCGAAUCCGUCCUCCAUUUCCUUCAAUCAAAAGGAAUCUACCCAAAUGACCUCCCAAGAAUCUUGGGGAUGUGUCCUAAGAUCCUCACUUCCGACGUCAGAACAGAACUCCACCCUGUCUUCAUGUUCCUGUCGAAUGAUCUCCAUGUCCCUGAGAAUGCGUUCAGAAGAGUGAUCAAGAAAUGUCCAAGGCUUCUGAUUAGCAGCGUAGAAGACCAGCUCAAGCCUGCUCUUUUCUACUUGCAGAGACUUGGUUUCAAGGAUCUUGAAGCUCUUGCUUACCAAGAUCCUAUCUUACUGGUGUCUAGUGUUGAACACACUCUCAUCCCAAAACUUAGAUUCUUGGAGAGUAUAGGGUAUUCAAGAGCAGAAGCGAUUGGAAUGAUACUUAGAUGUCCAGCUCUAUUCACAUUCAGCAUAGAGAACAACUUCAAACCAAAACUGGAUUACUUCAUAAGUGGAAUCAAAGGAAAACUGGAGAAUCUAAAGGAGUUUCCACAGUAUUUUGCCUUCAGUCUAGAGAAAAGGAUAAAACCAAGACACUUAGAAUCAAUGGAGAGAGGUUUAGAGUUGCCAUUGUCAUUGAUGCUUAAGAGCACUGAUGAAGAGUUCGAGCAAUUGCUCACAAAGCACUCUUCAGUUGCAAACGUAUAAUAUUUAUUGUAUAUGUGGUGAAUGUUAAUGAUUGUGUUCAUAGCUUUAUAUAUUAAACAUUGUUCCAUGUGUCUCUGAAACAAUUGCCAAGUACAUAGCCUGGAGGAAUUUGUGAACAUCAACUCUAUUGAAAAAAAGUUCAAUUUGGUG